AUGGAAAAAUCUAAAAAUUUCCGCAUCGACGCGCUGCUGGCCGUGGACCCCCCGCGAGCGGCCUCGGCGCAGACCGCUCCGCUGGCCCUGGUCACAUCGCUCGCGGCCGCUGCAGCUGGCCCCGGUGGCGGCGGCGGCGGGGCAAGCAGCGGGGCGAGCCGCAGCUGCAGCCCCGCGUCCUCGGAGCCUCCCGGGGCUCCCGCCGACCGCCUGCGCGCGGAGAGCCCGUCGCCGCCGCGCCUACUGGCCGCGCACUGCGCGCUGCUGCCCAAGCCAGGCUUCCUGGGCGCGGGCGGCGCGGGCGGCGGGGCGGGCGGCGCCGGUGGCGGGCCCGGGGGGCCCCACCACCACGCGCACCCCAGCGCCGCCGCAGCCGCUGCCGCAGCCGCCGCCGCCGCAGCCGCUGGGGGCCUGGCGCUGGGGCUGCACCCGGGGGGCGCGCAGGGCGGCGCGGGCCUCCCGGCGCAGGCAGCGCUCUACGGCCACCCGGUCUACGGCUAUUCGGCGGCGGCGGCGGCAGCUGCACUGGCCGGCCAGCACCCGGCGCUCUCCUACUCGUACCCGCAGGUGCAGGGCGCGCACCCCACGCACCCCGCCGACCCCAUGAAGCUGGGCGCCAGCACCUUCCAGCUGGACCAGUGGCUACGUGCGUCCACCGCGGGCAUGAUCCUGCCCAAGAUGCCUGAUUUUAACUCCCAGGCGCAGUCCAACCUCUUGGGGAAGUGUCGCCGGCCACGCACGGCCUUCACCAGCCAGCAGCUGCUGGAGCUGGAGCACCAGUUCAAGCUCAACAAGUACCUGUCCCGGCCCAAGCGCUUCGAGGUGGCCACCUCACUGAUGCUCACGGAGACCCAGGUGAAGAUCUGGUUCCAGAACCGGAGGAUGAAGUGGAAGCGCAGCAAAAAGGCCAAAGAGCAGGCGGCGCAGGAGGCCGAGAAACAGAAGGGCGGCGGGGGCGCGGGCAAAGGCGGCGGCGCCGAAGACCAGGGGGACGAGGAGCUGCUGGGGCCGCCGGCACCCGUGGACAAGGGCGGCGGACGCCGCCUGCGGGACUUGAGGGACAGUGACCCCGAGGAGGAGGACGACGACGACGACGAGGACCAUUUCCCCUAUAGCAACGGCGCCAGCACACACGCCGCCUCCUCCGACUGCUCCUCCGGGGCCGACUCGCCGCCCCCGCGGCCCUGCGGGCCAGGCCACCAGCCCCCGUCCCAGUAG